UGACAACCCAUGAGUCUGGAUUAGUAGAACCAAGAAGAAAUUCCUUCAAUAAUGACUCUUUCUUCUUGAGGAGUAGUGACUGAUUCAUAAGGUGUACACCUGAUUCUUCCCUUCACCAUCUGAUAAAGCAUCAUAUAUCAUGAGAACAUUUAUUAAAUCCUGGAUUCCUCAGUGUUUGUGGAUUCUCAGGUCACCUUCCAGAUCAUUCCAUGGAAACAACAGGCUUCUUACAUCUCAGAUUGUUUCCUAUUAUGAAUCUAUAAACCGGUGCAAAACGGAACUUCCAGAAUAUUUCAACUUUGCUAGUGAUGUCUUAGAUGAGUGGGCACGACUGGAAAAGGAUGGAAGAAAACCAGCAAAUCCAGCUUUUUGGUGGGUCAAUGAUGAGGGAGAGGAGGUGAAGUGGAGCUUUGAGGAGCUGGGCUCUCUGUCCAGGAAGGCAGCCAAUGUCCUUUCUGAGGCCUGUGGUUUGCAGAGAGGAGACAGAGUCAUUGCAGUUCUGCCUCGUGUUCCUGAGUGGUGGCUCCUGAAUGUGGCCUGCAUGCGAACAGGAAUUGUCCUUAUUCCAGGAACAUCCCAACUAACAGCCAAAGACAUCUCAUACCGACUCCAGGCUUCAAAGGCCAAGUGUAUCAUUACCAGUGACACACUGGCACCUGCAGUGGAAUCUGUCCUGCCUGGCAGCCAGUUCCUGAAAAGUAAACUCAUUGUAGGCCAAGGGAGCAGGGCUGGGUGGCUGAACCUCAAAGAACUCCUUGCGGUUGCAUCUGCUGACCAUCAAUGUGUCAAGACGAGGAGCCAAGACCCAAUGCUUAUCUAUUUUACCAGUGGAACUACGGGCUUCCCAAAAAUGGUGAUGCAGUCCCACAGCAGUUAUGGCAUUGGAUUUACAAUCUCUGGCAGGUAUUGGAUGAACUUGACUCCUUCAGAUAUAAUGUGGAAUACCUCUGAUACUGGCUGGGUAAAAGCAGCUUGGAGCAGUGUUUUUGCACCAUGGAUCUGUGGAUCCUGUGUCUUUGUACACAACAUGCCACAGUUCAAAUCAGAAGUUAUUGCAGAGACUCUCUCAAGAUAUCCCAUCACCACCUUCUGCACGGCUCCCACCGCCUUCCGCAUGCUGGUCCAACAUGAUGUGAGCAGAUACAAGUUCCCGAGUCUGAAGCACUGUGUAACUGGAGGGGAAGCACUCAAUCCUGAAGUGUUUGAAAAGUGGAAAAUCCAGACAGGGCUGGAUAUCCAUGAAGGUUAUGGCCAGACCGAAACAGUACGUUUGCAAUAUACUUUUUUGAAAAUGUUUGAUUGUUGCCAGGAUAAUCCAGAGAAAACUGCUGCCUCUGUACGUGGAGAUUUUUACAUAACUGGAGAUAGAGGCACUAUGGAUGAAGAGGGAUAUGUGUGGUUUGUUGGAAGAGCUGAUGAUAUCAUUAAUUCUGCUGGGUACCGCAUUGGCCCAUUUGAAGUGGAGAGUGCAUUGAUACAGCACCCAGCAGUCUCAGACGUGGCUGUUGUCAGCAGUCCUGACCCAGUGCGAGGGGAGGUGGUCAAAGCCUUCAUUGUUUUAGCUCCUGAUUUUGUAUCACACGAUCCAGAAAAAUUAACUCUUGAACUCCAACAACAUGUCAAGAAGGUGACUGCACCUUACAAGUAUCCAAGGAAGGUGGAGUUUGUUCAGGAGCUGCCAAAGACAGCUACUGGGAAAAUCCAGAGAAAGGUUCUAAAGAACAAAGAGUGGGCAAGAGAAUGACAGCAGCAAAAAUGAUCUGGAAAACCAGGAGAGAAAUUCUCCAUCACAUGUAGCAGCCAUAACACAUGACACAGAGCAGGUUGUCAUGAAGCAAAGCAGAACGAGAACAUUGGGAAAAACAAACCGUGGAAGAAAAAGGAGAGAACGUUCUUGUGGAUAUGUGGUAUUGGAACCAUUUUUGCCAUCGACCUAUAAAUUUUCAGAAGGAAGGAAGUGCAAGUAAUUCAAAGGGUGGAAUGGGAGAGAGAAAGACUCAGGUUCAUACAGACCUCUAGGUUUUUUUUACUGCAAUUUGUAUAAACAUCUUUCUUUUUAAAAAAAUGGGUUAAACGAUGAAGCUUUGAAAAUUCCAAAUAAACGAGAAAUUAAUAAAAAUAUAUUUCUCCU